UUGGUAAAAUGAAUUAACAGAAUUCUCUUAAUAUUCGUUAUGUAUUAAUUGUUAUUUUAAUCCAUACGUUAGAGAAGUAGUUUUUAAUUUUAAAUUAAAAUACAAUUGAACACAAAUUUCCAAUUUAUUAGAAACUAAAGUAAAAUAUUUUCUCGAUGGCUUAUAAAUUAAGUUCGGUUGUUUAUGGUCAUGUGUUGGAUGUUCGUGGUUUAAGUUCAACCAGUAAUGGAUAUAUCGUGUCUGUAUCUAGAGAUAAAACGGCGAAACUUUGGAAACCAAAUAGUGAAAACGCAGGUUACACAGAGGUUCAGACAUUUAGUGGUCAUACUAAUUAUGUAGUAUCUGUAACAGUUCUUAAAGAAUCUAGUAUUCUUCCUAGUGGUCUUAUUAUUACUGGAGGAAAUGACAAGAUGUUGUGUGGAUUUUUACCUGAAUCAUCUGAACCUAUUUUUGUUGAAACAAGACAUAAAAAUACUGUGUGUAAAAUUAACCCAGGUGUAUUAUUAAAUACAUUUAUAAGCUCAUCAUGGGAUUCUACUGCUAUGUUAUGGAAAGUAACAGUUGACUCUGAUCAAACUUACCAACCAGUAUUGUUAUCAAUUUUUAAAGGGCAUACUGCAGCUGUUUGGUCUGCUAUACAGUUGUCUUCAAAGUAUGUGAUUACUUGUUCAGCAGACAAAACAAUACUCAUUCAUAAUAUUAUACCAGGAGAUCCUCAAAAUUCAUCUGUCAUUAUAAAAAAAUUAACCGGUCACACUGAUUGUGUGAGAGAUCUAGCAGCAUUAAAUACUGAAAGCAAUGAAUUUCUCUCAUGUUCCAAUGAUGCUACAGUUAUAAGAUGGAAUGCAGAAACAGGAGAAUGUUUGGAAAAAUUUUAUGGCCAUCCAAACUAUAUUUAUUGUCUUGCUGUAUUUUCUGGCAUUGAUAUGGCUAGUUCAAUUGUAGUAACCGGUGGUGAAGAUCGGUAUUUAAAUAUUUGGAUGUGUACAGAUCAGCAAGUUAUACUCCAACCAGCCCAAAGUAUAUGGGCAGUGACUAUUCUUCCUAACAAAGAUAUUGUUGUUGGCUCAAGUGAUGGUAUAAUAAGAAUAUUUACAACAGAUGUUAAUCGUCAAGCUUCUAGUGAAGUACUAGCAUCAUUUCAAGAGCAAGUUGACAAUAUUAACCAGCAAGCUCAAAAAGAAAUUGGAGGAAUCAAAGUAGAGAAUUUACCUGGACCUGAAGUACUUUAUCAACCAGGAAAAAAUGAUGGUCAAAUAAUCAUGAUAAAUGAAAAUGGUAAAGCAAUAUGUUAUAAGUGGUUAUCUAAUGAGUGUAAAUGGGAUAAAGUAGGAGAUGUUUUAAGUGCAUCUGAUCCUAAUAAAAAUAUGCAUAAUGGAAAGGAGUAUGAUUUUGUCUGGAAUGUUGACAUUGAGGAUGGUGCUCCACCUUUAAAAUUGCCUUAUAAUAAAGAUGAAGAUCCUUGGUCUGUAGCUCAAUCAUUUAUUCAUAAACAUGAUCUACCCCAAUCAUAUUUAGAAACAGUAGCAAAUUUUAUAAUAUCAAAUUCUAAAACUUCUGCUCCUACACUGUUACCAGCCAAUCAAGAUUAUGUUGAUCCCUAUACAGGAGCUGCUAGAUAUGUGCCAACCUCAAAUCCUACCACGUCAUCUUCAAAUGGCCAAGAUCCUUUUACUGGACAGUCUCGUCAUGUACCUAAUACUCCAAUCAGCUACAACACAUUUUUUCCUCAAACUAGUUACCUUAAAUUUGAUCAAGCUAAUAUUUCAAGUAUUUUCAGUAAAAUUAAAGAGUUUAAUCUAAAACUAGAUGAUUCCAAUAAUAAACUAGAAGACCACCAAUUAGAAUCAGUUAUGAAAAUGUGUAAUGAAGGAAGUAAUGUUGAUGACACAUCAAUAAAUAUUCUAAUUCAUCUUCUUGACUGGCCUAAAGACAUUUUGUUUCCAAUUUUGGAUGUUACAAGAUUAGCUGUGCGAAAUAAGCAUGUCAAUGUUACUCUGUGUGCAAAUAAUUUGAUAAUGACAAAAUUGCAACCUCAUAUCUAUGAUAAUAAAGUACCUACUAAUCAGAUGUUAGCAUUUAGAUGUUUAUGUAAUCUUAUGCAACACGAAGAGGGAGAACUUUUAGUUUUAAGAAAUUAUGAAGAGUUACUAACUGUUAUUCAAAGUUUAUCUCAAGUGAACCUUAUACAAAAACAUCUCCAAAUUGCUCUCGCUACACUACUGCUGAAUUUUAGUGUUAUGAUUAAACAGUCUGAUGAUGAUAUUGCUAUACAAGCAGUCAAUAAUGCUAUUUCUUCUGUUUGUCCAAAACUCUCUGAACCUGAAGCUAUAUUUCGUUGUUUUGUUGCUAUUGGAACAUUAGUGAUAUUAAAAAAUCAACCUGAUUUAUCAGAGCAAAUUAAAGAUUAUAUUGCUUUAAUGGCUUCAAAUUCAGAACCUUCUAAAGUGCUAUCAUGUUCUAAACAUUUAAUGAAAUUAAUACAAAAAUAAUGUAUUUAUAAUUUGUGUAUUUCAUAUCACAAAUUAAAUAUUUUACAAGAACAUAUGUAUGGUUAUUUUAGAGGAAUUAUUAAAAUUUAUUAUUUGAU